AUGUUAAUCAGGUUCCAUGGCAAUGAACAACUUGUCAACGGGCCUCGCUUUCACAUGAUGCUCGAAGCAGAUCAAAAGCUUUAUUAUAUCGCUAAAUUGGAAAUUCGUGGUGUUCAAGCCACUGAUAAAGGAGAGUAUCGCGCUGUCGCUACAAAUAAACAUGGCGAAAGUGUUGCAACGAUCAACUUGAAUUUCGAUAGUACUGCUGGAGGAGCACCAAAAAUCCCAGCUGGCAAGCCACCACGUUUUCCAAAGAAGCCUACAAUUAGACAAGAUGAAGAUCCAAUAAGUGAAGAAAUGCUUUUGAUCAUGGAGUGCAUUUUAGAAGCAAAUCCUGGUCCGGAAAUUAAAUGGUUCCGUGGAGAAACUCCAAUUGAAGAGACAACUCCGCGUUAUAAAAUGACAAGAAAAAAAACUGCACGUGAUCAAUAUACUCUGACAUUGACUAUAAGAGCACCAACCCAGGAAGAUGGUGGUCAAUAUCGGUGUAAUGCGGUUAAUUCUUAUGGCGAAUCAAAUGCAAACAUUGCAUUGAAUUUCGCAGGUGAUCCUGAAGAUGCUAAAAAUGCAGCUGGCUUUGCACCGACCUUCACCAGUAAACCGAAAAUUACCCCAUUGGAAAAUGGGACGAAAAUUGAAAUGUUAUGUCAAUGUCGCUCGAAACCUGAACCUGAAGUUACUUGGUUUAAAGGAAUCACCGAGAUUUACGUUACACCAUCUGCUGAACAUGCAGCAAAGAAAAUCAAGAAGGAUGAAACCAUCUCUGAAAUUAUUGAACGUUACAACUUUUCUUGCACUGCUGUCGAAGCCAGUAGCGAAGAGAAGAAAGAUUCCUUUGAAAUACGUUUGGUGAUUACUAAUCCCAGAAAAUUCGAUAGCGACGUUUUCAAAUGCGUUUUGAAAAAUGAAUUUGGAGAUGCUUGUGCUAAUCUUAAUCUCAACAUAGACGAUGAAGAAGAAGAAAUGGCUGAAUUAGCUCCGAUAUUUUUGGUUAAACCAAAGAUUGAGGAAGCAAACGAAGUUGUUACAAUGCGUUGUCAUGUAUCUACGAAAUGCCUCACAGAGAAACUUCAAGUUGUUUGGACCAAAGACAGCAAUGUCAUUGUUGAGAAAGAAAAUUUAAAAUUAAACAUCCAGCAAGUUAAAGAAGGAGAAUUCAUUAUAACUUUAGUCUUGAAUAAGCCUGGAAUUGACGAUGCCGGUUUAUAUAAAUGCAAUAUUCGAAAUAGCUACGGCGAGUUAAAUGCUAACUUAACUCUUAAUAUUGAUGUUAUUCCUGUCAUUAAGGAACGCCCACGCAUCAAGAAGAUUAUUAAGAAAAAAGAAGUUAUUAUCGAAUGUAGAGUUGCUGUUACAAUUGGUGAUGCUAACAUGCCUAAAUGUGAAUGGACACAUGAUGGUAAAAAGAUUUCCCAAUCUUCUUCACGCCACGUUUCAUCAGUUCAAGAAACAACUCAAACUGUUAUCUCAAGUGGAACUAAAGAAUUUAUAUCUCAAUUGGUCAUCAAGAAUGUUAGUAAAGAAGAUGUUGGUAAAUACCAAAUGAUAGCAAAGAAUGUCAAAGGCGAAGCUGUCUCUCAGGAAGUUACUUUGAGUAACAUUGAAGAGGAUGAAGAAGAGGAGGAAGCACCACCACAAAAGAAGAAAAAAGAGGAAGAAAAGAAGAAGGAAGAGGAAGAAAAGAAAAAGGAAGAGGAAAAGAAAAUAGAAGAACAAAAGAAGGAAGAAGAAAAGAAAAAGAAAGAAGAAGAACAUAAAAAGAAAAUCGAAGAAAAAAAGAAGAAGGAAGAAGAAAUCAAGAAACUAGAAGAAGAAACAAAACUCGCUGAAGAGAAAAAGAUUGCUGAGGAAAAAGAAAAGCAAGAGAAACGAGAGGCUGCUGAGAAGGAAUUAAUUGAAGAAUCACAAGAAAUUGAAACUAAAGUCGAAGAAAAAAAAGAAGUGGAAGAAACGAAACCUGCCGAAGACAAGAAGAAACCAGAAGAAAAGAAAAAGAUUGAGGAGAAGAAAAAGGAAGAGGAAAAGAAGAAAGAAGAAGAAAAGAAAAAGGUUGAAGAGAAGAAAAAAGAGGAAGAAAAGAAGAAAGAAGAAGAAAAGAAAAAGGUUGAAGAAAAGAAAAAAGAGGAAGAGAAGAAGGCCGUUGAAGAAAAGAAAAAGGUAGAAGAAAAGAAAAAAGAGGAAGAGAAAAAAGCAGCUGAAGAAAAGAAAAAGGUAGAAGAGAAGAAGAAAGAAGAAGAGAAAAAAGCUGUCGAAGAAAAGAAAAAGGUAGAAGAAAAGAAGAAAGAGGAAGAGAAAAAAGCAGUUGAAGAAAAAAAGAAAGUAGAAGAAAAGAAAAAAGAGGAAGAGAAAAAAGCAAUUGAAGAAAAGAAAAAAGUAGAAGAGAAGAAAGCAGUCGAAGAAAAGAAGAAAGUAGAAGAAACUAAGAAAAUAGAGGAGAAGAAACAAGAAGAAAAGAAAGCGGCUGAAGAAACCAAAAAAAUUGAAGAAAAACAAGACAUCAAGAAACCAGAAGAACCUUCAAAAUUAGAGAACAAAGUUGAUAAAAAACCAGACACAAAAACAGAACCUACACAAAAACCAAAAACACAAGACACAAAAUUACAGCCUGAAAAAACAAAACCACAAGAAAACAAACCAGAAGAAAAGCCACAAGAAAAACCUGAAGACAAGCCAAAGGAAGAGGCGAAAACACCUAUAAGAAAGCCAGUGGCUAAGGCACAAUCUGAAGAUAAUAAAAAAGCAAUAGAUCCGCCUAAAAAGUUUACGGUGAAGAUAUCAUCUGAUGAUGCAGAAGAAAAUCAACUUGAAAGCGAUGAGAAGAUUUUGAGUAGAAAAACUUCUGAUGAAACUGAUAACAGAAAAUCAGACAUCAAAGGAAAGCCAGAUUCAUCAAAACCCGAAAAAUUUCCUAGCCUAAAAAAAUCCAAAGUUCCUAGCCCCAAAGCUGAAGAAGCAGUUGAAGAAAAGCAAAAAAUUAAAUUUCCUAAAAAACCUAAAUAUGAAGAUUUGCCACAGAUUCCUGAUUAUGAUCGGUCUGAUUUAGAAGUUUAUGAAGAAAGUGAAUUUGAUCCUAGCAAAAAACCUAAAGAUUCACUAAUGACGACUAAAACAGAUAAUGAUGAUGGUGCGGAGGCUAAUGUAACGCUUAAAUCAAAGACUAAGAAGAAACCGGAUAACAGUAAGCCGGAAGAAACAUCAGCUGAAGUUUCUGUUGGCAUGCAAAAAUCAAAAGAACCAUUUAAGUCUGCUCCAGAAGAGUCAGCUGAUGCUAAAAUUAAAACUAAAACUAAAAAGCCAUCAUCAUUAGUUGAAGAAGAAACAUCUAAAGAUAUAACAAUAAAAAUCUCGGAUCCGCUUGGAGAAUCUAAGCCUAAAUCUGAGACAGUCGAAGAUGUCAAUACUGAGGUUUCUCUUGGCAUGCCAAAAUCAAAAGCAGCGUUCAAGUCUGCUCCAGAAGAGUCAGCUGAUGCUAAAAUUAAAACUAAAACUAAAAAGCCAUCGUCAUUAGUUGAGGAAGAAGCUUCUAAAGAUAUAGUAAUAAAAGUUUCAGAUCCGCUUGAGGAAGUUCCCAUUGAAAUACAAAUAACGGAGCCAGAUGAUGUGUCUAUGCCUGUCGAAGAUGAAAAGAGAAAAUUCAAUCGAAAGAAAUAUGAUCCAAUGGCUUAUAUUCCUGAUGAGGAAGAAGAGAAUGCUUUUAUGGCUCUAGAAGAAAGUUCAAAGUCAGAAAAAAGUUCAAAAGAUGAACGUCAAAAAGGGAAAGUAAACAGACCAAAGUACGAUCCAAUGGCUUAUGUUCCGGAUGUUGCAGUCGAUAAUGUUGAUGAUAAAAACUCCCAAGAAUCCAAAAUUCCUUCCUCUAUCCCUCCCCCUCAAAUAAAUGAUCAGAUACCAGUAGAAAACUUAGAUGAAGAGAUACACAAGAACGAAACCCUGCACCAAUAA